AUGAGACCAGAGAGGCCGCUCCCCUACUCGGACGACUUUACAUCGUCCGAGGAUUAUGUCUCCUCGCUCCUCACCUUUGCCAACACGUGCGACACGUUCCAGAUGUUUGCUGGCGGCGUCCACCUGCUCGACUUCUUCACCAACGACCGCAGUCUCUACGAGAUGAGCUUGCCGGCCGACUGGCAGCCGUACAUCCUCGCCCAGGAGCCCAUGGAAUUUGUUGAUCUGCUGCUGCGCCGCGAUCUCGACGCCCUGCCCGAGGCCGAGAGGCCGCCGCCCGCGCUGGAGCGGUACAUUCGCGAUGUGCGCCGCCUCUCGCUGCGCCGGGGCUUCGCGCCACGCCGCGCGCCGCCGCCGAUCCAGGGGAAGGGGAAAGCGCUCGUGCCGGGUGGGCUGACGCGCAAGGUGGCCAUCGGCAUGAACCCCAAGAAGGUCCACGAGGUGAUCAACUUUGCCGACUACGUCGACGAUCUGGCGGCGUCGAUCGCCGCGCAGAGCGCCGGCGACGACAAGGAGCGCAGCGACGGCGGCGGGGCCAUCACGCACCUCGUCGACUUUGGCAGCGGGCAGAACUACCUCGGACGCACGCUGGCGCUGCCGCCGUACAACCGGCACGUCGUGGCCGUCGAGGGGCGGGCGCACAAUAUUGAGGCGUCGCGUGCGCUCGACGUCAAGGCGGGGCUGUCGACGCGGGAAAAGGUCAUGCGCAACAAGAAAAUGUGGCUGCAGGUCGUCGACGAGCAGAAGCAGCAGCAGCACGACGACGGCCAGAAGCCGCUCGACGUCAAGACGGAGGCGCGGCUCGCGAGCGGCCGGAAUGUGGCCGCCGACGCGGCGGCCGACCUGCGCCCGGCCAAGGAGCUCGUGCACGAGUGCGUGCGCGAGGCGGGCCGCGGGUCCGUCUCGUACGUCGUCAGCCGGCUCGAGAGCGGCGACCUCACCGAGGUCAUUCGCAAGAUUGAGGACGAGGUGACGACGGCGGACGAGCGGGCGCAGCCCAGGGAGGGCCUCCGCAUGAUGGCCAUGUCAAUCCACUCGUGCGGCAACCUGUCACACUACGGCAUCCGGUCGCUCGUGCUGAACCCGGCGAUCCACGCCGUCGCCAUUGUCGGGUGCUGCUACAACCUCAUGACGGAAAAGCUCGGCCCGCCAACGUACAAGUUCCCUUACGUACGACCGACGCUGCAGGCCGUCAACGGGCGGCCCAUGGCCGAGUCGACGCGGUUCGACCCCGAGGGGUUCCCCAUCAGCCGGCGGCUGACCGAGUCCGAGGGCCACGGCGUGCGCUUCAACAUUACGGCGCGCAUGAUGGCGUGCCAGGCGCCGGCCAACUGGACCGAGGCCGAGAGCCACGGCUUCUUCACGCGCAACCUCUACCGCGCCGUGCUGCAGAAGAUGUUCCUCGACCGCGGCGUCAUCACAAAGGUGUACCACCGGCCGAGCGGCGAGGGCCAGACGACGACGGCCGAAGCGGAGGCGGACCAUGGUGGGCCGCGCCGCCAGGGCGAGGGCGACACGCCGUUCGACGUCAGCACGAACCCCGUGACCAUCGGGUCGCUCAACAAGCGAUGCUACACGUCGUUCAACGCCUACGUGCGCGGGGCCGUCCAGAAGCUGACGACGAACAAGGAGUACACGAAAUACAGCGCCAUUGUGCAGGCCAAGAUGGGCGACGUCACGGACGAGGAGAUUGCCGACUACGAGGCGCGCUUCGCCAGCCGCGGGCGCGAGGUGUCGGCCGUCUGGAGCCUCAUGGCCUUUAGCGCGGGCAUCGUCGAGUCGCUCAUCGUCACGGACCGGUGGCUGUUUCUCGAGGAGGCCGACGUCGUCAAGGAUGCGUGGGUGGAGACGGUGUUUGACUACAAGCAGAGCCCGCGCAACCUCGUCGUCGUCGGCAUCAAGAAGUAG